UCAUGUUUAAAAUGGCUCGUCCUACUUACUUUUUCAACUUUACAUCUAUUCAGACAUGCUAACUUUCCUUCCAAAAUCUGUUGCUUUACCAAUGUGGGUUCUUCAACAGAUCUGUUUUUUAGCUCUUCUAGGCCAUCAAUGUCCUUUAAAAUUAACAUUAGUUAGAUUUCAAUUCAUUUAUUGAAUUAAAUAAAACACUGUAAAAAUUCUUACCUUACAAACACUAAUUCUUUGAGCUUCCAAUAUCGCCAAGCUUUUCAUAAGUUUUAAAUAGUCAGCAUUACCUUUCAAUGGAAGAUAAUCUGUUUCAAAAUAAAAUAAACUAUCAUCUUCACAAGAGUUAUGACCUGUCUUGCUGAAAUUGGAUACGAAUUCGUUAACACCUUCGGGACGUUCCGUCAUUUUCAUAAAGAUUGCAUAAAGAAUUCCUAAACCAUUAAAUAUUCUUUAAACAAUUAUGAAGUGACAGAAAGGACAUUAAAGAUUCCCCGAUAACAGCAAUGAAACCUACUUCAAAACCACGCUCGGCGACCUCCACUGGUUUUGUUGAGGUGUCGGGAGUUGAUGAGCUGCCAAUGCAUUUUUCUCACGCUCUUAUCUACCAUUUGAAGUUUCUUAGAUGAGUUUGACUUUAUUGAUAAACAGAAAUUCAUAAUUCUCCAAAAUGGAAACAAUCUUACGGGAUGGAAUGUUACUGGGUAUGGGAAACCCUUUACUUGAUAUUUCAGGAGCCACUGAAGAUGCUAUUUUAGAGAAAUAUAAUUUACAGCCAAACGAUGCCAUUCUAGCCGAAAAAAAACACAUGCCUCUAUAUCAAGAAUUAAUUGAAAAUUAUAAAGUUGAUUAUAUUGCUGCAGGAUCAACAUUAAAUUCUGUCCGCAUUGCACAGUGGAUUUUACAAAGGCCAAAUGUAUGUGCAUAUAUAGGCAGUGUUGGUAAAGAUAAGUUCAGUAAAAUUUUAGAAGAGAAAUCAAGGGAAGAUGGUAUUCUUGCCAAAUUUCAGUUCACAACUGAAAGACCUACAGGUUCAUGUGCUGUUCUGAUUACUUCAAAUGGCCACAAUCGUUCGUUGGUUGCCAAUCUGGCAGCUGCUGAAUGUUUUACCAGAGAUCACUUGGAUGACCCAGAAGUUUCAAAAAUUGUUGCUAAUGCAGAGUUUUAUUAUUCUUCAGGUUUUUUCCUCACUGUAAGUAUUGAAACAAUAUUAGAAGUAGCUCAGGUCGCCCAUAGACGCAAUAAAUAUUUUAUGAUGAAUUUAAGUGCUCCAUUUCUGCCGAUAUACUAUAAAAAACAAAUGAUGCAGGCGAUGCCUUAUGUUGAUAUCCUUUUUGGAAAUGAAGCUGAAGCUCUUGCGUUUGCAAAAGAAAACAAUUUUGAGAUUGAUGAUAUGAAAGAAAUUGCUCUAAAAAUUACUACACUCCCGAAAGAAAAUCCUAAUCGACCUAGAGUUGUUAUAAUAACUCAAGGAACAUUACCAGUCAUCGUUGCAAAAGAGGGAUCUACUACUGAAUACCCUAUUCCUCUUAUUCCAUCAGAAAAAAUUGUUGAUACUAAUGGAGCUGGCGAUGCCUUUGUUGGAGGUUUUAUGGCCCAGUUCAUCAAAGGUGAGUCUUUGGAUAUCGCUGUAAAAUGUGCUAUUUGGGCCGCUGGUGUAAUUGUCCAGAAUUCUGGAUGUACUGUUACUGGGAAACCAGAUUUUGUCCCUUAUUAAGAUAUUUUUAUUUCAUUUUAGGGUUUAUAUUGGAUUUUUGAUUUAUAGAUGAAUUUUUUGUUGUUAUAUAUAUUUGCAGAAUCUAAAAACAUUAGGGAUUUUCAGUUUCUUAUGAAUUACUGAAUUAUAAUUUAAAUUUUUUUUUCUUUUAGACCUGCAUUUAUUUAUUUCAUGUUUUCUUAUAGUUUUAAUUGUACGUAGGCACAAUCUUUUUAUGUUGUGGUUUUAUAAUUAGGAAAAUUAAUGUUUAUCAUUAUAGUACAAAUUUUAAUUAACAAACAAUAUGUAUGGAAAUGUGCUCAUUGUUGGCUUAGGUUGUAUGAAACAUUUCGAUUGUUAAAGAUUUACAGUUGUUACUUUGGCUGUGAAUUAAAACUAUUUAUAGUUGCCAAAAUAAGUUUUCCCUUUACAAUUUUGUUUCAAUAUUAUUUUAUAUGUACUUAAUCCGUGCCUUAAAUAAGCAAUCGAUUAUUUUCA